UUUGAGUGUUCUUAAUUUCAACUUCAGAAUGAACAAUUUUAUCUUUUAUUUUGGUAGAAAACCUUAACUAUUUUCUUGGCAUCUCCUUUUCCAUAAUGAUAAAUAGUGCAUAUUAGGAAAAGUUUCAUGCACAACUAUAUAUCAUAAUUUUAUUUUAGGAAACUAUAUAUCACACUUGUAAGUACUAUAUGAAGUUGAUUAUUUAGAUUGGCAUGAAUAUAGAAAACUAAUAAUGUCAUAGUAAUGUAAAACAGUUGUGCAUGUUUACUGGUUAGCAAUGAUGAGAGAAAGUAAUUUGGUAGACAAACUUGGUCCCUUUGCUUUAAUUUUAUGACUUUUAUAAUGGACCAACAAAACUUUAUAUUUUUCAUCUUAUAAACCAAAUUUUCUAGCCUUACAUAUCUUUCAUUGAAAUUGUGAGAUUCAAAGGGUUUGUGCUUAUAUCAAUUAUCUCUUAUGGGAAACAACAGGUUCAAAUUUUCAGAUAUGAUACCAAAUGCUUGGUUUUACAAGCUAAAAGAUAUGAGCAAAUCAUCAAGGAAGAGAAAUGGUUCUCAUCAUGUUAUGAAGAACAAAGUUAUAUCUUCACCAACAACAUCUCAAAGGUCUCAUUCAAGCUAUUCACAUUAUUUCUCAAAUGAACCAAAAAGGAAUGGUAAGUUAUUCAACACACCAAGUCAGACCAAAGAUUUGAAUUUUCCAUUUAAUGAUUCACCAAGAAGGUCUUCAAAGAGAAGGGCUAAAAGAAAAACCAUUUACAAGCCUUCUCAACCAUUUGAUCAAGUUCAAUCACAAGAACAUGAUUUGUCUUCAAUUGAAAAUUCUUCUUCUGAGUCUUAUCAUAAUCAAUGUGUUUCUUCUGAAUCUGAAUUUUGUGAUAGCUUUUCUGUUCCUGAUUUGGUUAACUGUAGUUGUAGAGUUAGCUCUUCAACUAAUGAUAUCAUCAUAGACAUGAACAAUGAAUCUUUUCAAGGCAAUUCUAAAAACUUAGAUGGUUUUGAUGCAUUUUCACAACUUGGUUUAGCUCCAAUAUUAACAAAGCAAGUCAAAUUUGAAGAAAAGAUUGCCAAGGUGACCGAAUCGCGAAGUUCAACUGAAUCAGACGAGCGAAAAAUCGAUCAUUCAUUCUCUACCAAAGUUACUCAAAGAAGGAGAAGAAAAAGUCAAAUAGCCAGAAAAACUUCUCCUAAUUCUCAAGGUAUAAAGCUUAGAGUGAAUUCACCAAAAAUUGUUAGCAAAAAAAUUCAAGCAUGUGCAAGAAAGAGUAUUUCAAAGAAUGAUGCAGGGUUUGUAGAUGGAUUUGCAGUUGUUAAGUCUUCAAUUGAUCCAAUAAGUGAUUUCAAAGAAUCAAUGGUGGAGAUGAUUGUGGAGAAUAAUAUAAGGGAAUCAAAGGAUUUGGAGGAUUUACUUGCUUGCUAUCUUUCUCUUAAUUCAAGUGAAUAUCAUGAUGUUAUAGUUAAAGCUUUUGAGCAAAUUUGGUAUGACAUGGCUCAACUUAGAAUGUAAAGAUCUUAUUAUUUUCAAUGCAUGUUUAUAAGUCUUGUAAUUAAUUACAACCACUCUAUGGAUUAAACUUCUGUUCUGAUUCUUCUCUGAAUAUCAGUAUUCUAAAUUUAGUAUA